AGGUUGUGAACUCGUUUUUGUCCUGCAAUAAGGAACAAAUCCAACAGCGGUAGGAAACUACAACUACAACCACAACCACAACACACACGAACACCACCAUGAAGUUUCGUCCCUGCAUCGACCUGCACAACGGCCAGGUCAAACAGAUCGUUGGAUCGACGCUGAAGGACGCCACCGAGGGCGACGAGGACAAGACCAAGGAGGCCGCCUCGGCCCUCAACACGAAUUUCGAGACCGACCGGCCCGCGGCGGACUACGCCAAAAUGUACGACCGCGAUGCCCUGACGGGGGGCCACGUGAUCAAGCUGGGCCCCGGCAACGAGGAGGCCGCCUCGAGCGCCCUGGGAGCCUACCCGGGGGGGCUCCAGAUCGGCGGGGGRAUCAACGACACGAACGCCCUGUCGUGGCUCGAGGCCGGUGCCUCGCACGUCAUCGUCACGUCGCACGUCUUUUCCAAGGGAAAGAUCCACAUGGAGCGCCUGAAAAAGCUGGUGGAAAUCUGCGGGAAGGAGCGCCUGGUGCUGGACCUCAGCUGCCGGAGGAAACCCAACAGCACCGACGACUCGUACUACGUCGUGACGGACCGGUGGCAAUCCUUCACGGACUACAAGGUCAACCCGGAAAACCUGAGGGAGCUGGCCGCCUACUGCGACGAGUUCCUGGUCCACGGCGUCGACGUGGAGGGCAUGCAGUGCGGGAUUCUCACCGACCUCGUGGAGCUGCUGGGGGAGCAUUCCACGAUCCCCGUGACCUACGCCGGCGGGGUCCGAUCGAUCGAAGACCUGGAACUCGUCAAGAAGCUGGGCAGGGACAAGGUCGACGCAACCGUCGGGAGCGCCCUGGAUUGUUUCGGUGGGAGCCUCAGCUACGACGAGGUGGUGGCGUGGCACAAGGCGCAAAACUAAACCACUCUUCGUCAAGAGAACGUGCCGGCACACCCAUCAAAGAC